UUGCGUGCAUUGCAGGCUCGGGCGGGGCGCUUGUGUAUAACAGCCCAGAGUCUGUCGCCCUUUCAACGGAUCGUGCAGCUUUAGGCUCCUUCGUGCGCUCCGGUCUGUCAGCCUCCUCUGUACCCAGUAUGUUCCGCUGCGGGAUCGCCUAUCCCAGGUGCAGGUGGAUUUUGCCCCUGCUGCUGGUUUUCGCCAUUUUAUUUGACAUUAUCGCCAUCGCCGCUACUUCUGGGUGGGUGGAAGACGAGAAUGCGCAGACCCACUACGCGAGCAUGUGGAAUCAGUGCCGGGGGCGCAAUGAUAACUGGGACUGCAAAUCGCUCAUGGAGUACCCCUGGGCCCAGGCCGUAGCUGCACUCAUGAUCCUGGGCCUCUUCUUCCUCAUCGUGGCUUGCGUCAUCUCCUGCCCUGCACUCUGCUGCAGUGUCAACAUCAGCCUGCUUCCCGUCAUCGGAACCCUCCUCAUAAUCGCAGUGAUUCUCCAGAUCAUCGCGCUCAUCAUCUACCCGGUCAAGUUCAACGAGCUGAUCUACGAGGGCCACUACUUCUACACGUGGGCGUACGGCUUCGGCUGGGGCGCCACGCUGCUCAUGAUUGGCUGCAGUGUGAUCUUCUGCUGUCUGCCCCAGUAUGAGGAUGAGAUCACCGGCAUAUCCAAGACCAAGUACAUCUACAGCAGCGCCUAGGGGCCUCCGCGCCGUCCGGCAGAGGUGGUGACAGGGAGCUGGGACACAGGGCGCCUACUGGGCGGCUUCCCGCAGGAAACCAAUUUCAUGUUUCCGAAAUUCCCUCGCAUCCACUGCCUAGGUAACGAUCCAGCAGGAAUUACUGCUGUUUAGCUGCAUUGGUGCCGCUCUGCUUGCUGGAGUGAACCAAAGGCCUGUAACGGUGUAAAUAGUAACAUAUUUGAAUACUUCCUUGCUGUUUUACUGGCUCCCCUCCUCCGCGAAAGGUGUGUAUUUCUGAUAGGGUAGGACCAUUGGGAAUGUUAAGUGCUCUUAAUCUUGAAGACUUUUUCCCAAAAAAAAUGCCCCAAUGUCAGCUUGUGCUUGAGUUUUCCAGAGGACAGGGGUUUGAAUGUCUUUGCAAAAAUCGUCUAUUAUUACUGUGGUUGGGAUCUUUUAGUCUUUUCUCUAGUUGAAUCUGAAAUAUUACAGAUAAGCAAUGUUGCCUCUUAUUUUUGAAGUUGUGCUGUAUUCUCUGCUACACUGUUUGCACUCAUUGUAAAACUGGUUUAUUCAAAUGAAUGUUUUGUCAGUUCACAUCUUUCCAUUAUCAUUAUAAUCAUGUAUUCCUGUAACUCUUUUGUAGUUUGAAUCUUCAUAAAUGUGCCUUACUCCUUCAUGGGGAUCUUAAUGCUUAUAUAAUAAAAAUUCUCCAGACAUGGAGUUUUGUUACACUGAGAA